AUGCCCAUCGCGUUUCACCGCUCCAACUUGAACGAAGACCGGAAGCGCCACGUGUACAUCGUUGCGCGCCUUCUGCACUCGAGUGCGUCCAAGACGGCGCUGCCCGUGCAAAUGGUCGCGAAGAAGCUUCUCGGGCUCGCGAUCAAGAUGGAAGCGCAACUGUUUGUCAUGACGCAUGGCCGCGCUUUGAGCGAAGAGGCGAUUCGUCGCCACUUGCUCUACCUCGCGGGCCGCGCGUUCCGAACGCGGUUUCAGUCGCGCAACCAUAUGCCGAUCGUCAUGCACCGCAGCGCGUCGCUCAACGACGACCGCAAGCGCCACAUCUACAUCAUUGCCCGGCUGUUGCACUCGAGCGCGACCAAGUCGCAGCAAUUCCAUUCGGCCAAUGUCGUCUCCAAGAAGGUGCUGCGCUUGGCCGCCAAGAUGGAGCAGCAGCUGUAUGAAACCACGUACGGCCGCAGCCUGAGCGAAGACGCGAUCAAGUACCACCUCAAGUACCUCGCGGGCCGCGCUUGCAGUGCGCGCCUCCCGCCACCGCCGAGCCGUGUCUUUCAGUUUUAG